GUUAUUCACCAAACGAUGAGUCUGAGAACCGGCCCCAACCUCUCGUAAACAUUACCUGGACUUACCUCGUAGUUCCAUGAUAGAGGUACCUCUACGCCUCCGGCAUAAUCAAACAUGAUGUACCCCUUACGUCUCUGCCUUCUCAAGUCAAAGGUCCAAGCAACAGCGGGAACCUGUUGCGUCUUCGUUGCAACUCCCACCCGAGCUAAUGUCGUUCCUAGGCACCUGCUGGCCCAUGGCUUAACCCUACCUGACCUGGACACUUGCUGUCUGCUCCCGUUGACAGCCCUGUUCACGACGGCAAUAACUGGGAGGCCCAAGAAGCCAUAGAUUUGCUUCACCGUCUGCUGGUGUUCGAAUAGUCGGUUCCUACCUCAAAGACCAUGACUAAAGCCGUCAGAAACGAAAUCGAAGUGUCACGGACAGAGUGGACGUCGACUGUUCCUGUACACAGUGAGAUGGCUCUACACUGCGUAGGUAUGCACACAUAAAAAUACAACCGCCAUCGGGGAGGCUAGCUUGUCACAGUCGGCUUGCGGCAAACACACUGUAUACUUGAAGAACACACAUCAUGAUGUCCACAGCUUCCAGCGGACGCUUGAUUGCCCAUUAUCGUUGGUUCCAGUAUCAACCUAG